AUGUACUUCCACUCUGCCCUCCGCGCUCCCGCCUCGUCGCCGUUGCGCGAGGCGUUUCCGCCACCGGGCCUGCGCGCAAGCCAGCCCGACGCCGCGGUGUCGUGGGCCUCCUCAAGUACCGGCCGGCCUCGGCAGCUCGACUUCGCUCCGAACCAGCUCAAUCCACCCUCUCACCGUCCCUACCCCUCGCCUCUAAUCUCUCCCAUACGCCAGGCCGUCGCCGCCGAAGACCAGGCCAUGUCGUCGUCUCUCUGCAGCAAUCCGUCUGAGUCAUCGUCGUCCAUCGUACCGCACAGCACGCCGCCCACCAGCGCGGCAGACACGACAUCGCCGAGCAGCCGGCGUCUCGAGCUUGGAGCGGUGGCGCCCGCCAGCGGGCCGCCAUCGCCGGCCAAGCUCACGUCUGCAAAGGCAGCAGUCGAUCCGAAGCGCGCACCGCAGCCUGCAGCGCUGGACCGGCUGAACCUGCCGAUCCCACCGACGUCUCUCGCAUUCGUGCUGCCUGGCGAGAGCGGCGCCGAGGCGCCCACCAUGCAGCGCUACACGCGCAAGGGCUCGCCGUUUGAUGCUCGAGCGGCGACCAUUGGAACUGGCGCCUUUGGAUGCGCGCUUCGCUAUGAGCGCGGCGACGUCUUCGUCGCAUCAAUGCCAAACGGGUCGCCGGACACGCCCGUCGCGGCGGCGCACGCCGACGCACAGGCCGCCUCUGCGCAUGACGCCUCGGUGCCCAGCGGCACAAGCUCCGCCAUGGAGCGCGAGCCCGUCGAAAACCUGGCCGAAGCCUCGCAAGAGGAGGCCGCGCAGCUGCUCAAGCGCAAGACGAGCUCCAAGAGCCUCAGCACGGCCGUCGCGAGACGUGCUCUGCAAGAGGCUGUGGAGCACGACGCCGUAGCCAGUGUUGCGCGCGCGCGCUCCGUCAACUCAUCGCCGGCCGGCAACUCAGUGCCGCUCCCGAACACUGCCGCUGCGCGCAGCCGUCUGCCGGCCGUCAUCGUCGUCAAGGUCUGCCGCACGCCAACGUCUGGCUCCUACGAUGAGUUCCCGCGUUGCGGACCCGGCCGUGCCGAGGCCAAGGCUGCCGACGUGCUUCUGUCGAGCGGCCGCUACAUCGACCCCGACCAGAAGCACACGCGCAUCGUGCGCGGCGAGCUGCGCAUGUUCAAGUUCCUGCAGGCCGCCGCGGCCGCCGAGGGCCUCAGUCAGCGACACACGCACCUCGUGCGCCUCAUCGCCGACGUGUCCAUGACGCAGAGCUGCGAGCUGGCCAAGCUGUGCGGCGACAUCGACAGCGCAGAGGCAACCAUGGCAGCGACGCCGCAGCCGAUGGCUGGCGGCCCGCCGCUGCCGCGCCUGCUCGUCUUCGAGCGCCUCGUUGACCUCGAUGUGAUGCUCACACCGCGCGGCUGGGUCAAGAACCGUGGGCUGUGGACCGUCGAGCAGGUCGAGGGCGUGGCGCGCGAAGUCGCAGCCGGUCUGAAGUUCUUGCACGCUCACUGCCUGGUGCACGGUGACCUCAAGCCGGCGAAUCUCAUGCGCUGCGCCAAGACCGGCGUCGUCAAGCUCAUCGACCUUGGUGCUACGCGGCGAUGGAUCCGCCUGCCCGUCACGGCGAAGGAGUCUUCCACCAUCGUCGAGGAGGUCGACGCGCUGAUCAAGGACGGCCGUCUGUCGCUCAGCGACUAUACGUCCGACCUCGUCUGCGAAGGACUCGGCUCGCUCACCGGCUCGCCUCACUUCAUGGCGCCCGAGGUCCUGCUGCAGGCCGGCCGCUACCUCUCCGCCGACGGCUACGCGCGAUCGGUGCUCGACGACUACGUCUCGAACAGCACUUGGGUGCCAGAUGUGCCGUCUGCCCGCUGGAUCGCUCAGUGCCACGAAGACUUCAAGCGUGGCUGGGGCAUCAAGUCCGACGUCUGGUCCUGGGGCUGCUGCGUCCUAGCUCUCCUGCUCCGCACGCUUCCCGCGCCGCAGAGACCGAGCUCGAGCACCGUCUGCCCGUUCAACUUCUCCUUCGACGAGAGUAUGGACGACGCGCUUGAGCCUCUCUGGCCUCUCGAUCCGUCGGAGGAGACGCUGCCGCGCUUCCACCUCUGGGCACGCCUGUUCCCACUCCGCAUCAUGGAUACGCUCAAGGAGGGCGUCGAGCUGCCGAUUUGGGCCGACGAGCUCUCGGCGCCGGUCGCCGAGAUGGUCAGUGCAGCCAUGCGCCACCAAGACGAGCGUCCGAGUGCCGCCGCGAUCUUCAAGGCCCUCAAUCGGCCGCCGCCUCUGGACCAGCUGAGCGUCCGCGACAACGCGUCGAUCUUCUCGAGCAACCUGCCUUCGCCGGCUGGCUCGACGUUCUCUACGGCCAAUUCAAGCCAGGUCGAUCUCACGUCUCACGCGAGUGCGGCAAGCUCGAUGUUCGUCAAGCGUCUGGUCACCCUUCGCGGGCCCGAGGCCCCGCCGCUUCCCUCUGUGCCGCCAGAGGUGGCGCAGGACAAGCGCGUCAGCGAGCCAGUCGAGAUCAAGGCUCCGGCGGUCAAGUCGCGUUCCGACACGCUCACGCACCGCAACACCGAGCGACGGCCGUGCAAGCCCUGCGCCGCCUCUCGCAGCGAUCAUCGAUGA